UGUUUGCUCUGGACGAUUUUUUUCUCGUUGGUUUGCUUGUCCUCUGCAGAGAUUAGAGGUCAAAAACAAAAACGUUCUUCAAGUUAGAUUUUGGUUGUUGCUGUGGUUUGUCUACCUAGCCGGGGUUUUUUUUAUUAUCGAAUUUUACCAUGGCUCUACGUAAAUUAUCUGUAGAUAAAGUAAAGGUUGCAGAUCUCCGUGUUUUCAUCAGAGUUGAUUUCAAUGUUCCCAUGAAAGAUUCUGUCAUAACAAACAACCAGCGCAUCGUAGCUGCGUUGGACACAAUCAAAUACGUCCUGGACAACAAGGCGAAGUCCGUCGUGCUCGCGUCGCACUUGGGGCGGCCCGACGGGACCGCGAACCCGAAGUACUCCUUGAAGCCGGUCGCCGACGAACUGGGGAAGCUGCUCGGCAAGCCGGUGAAGUUCCUGGACGACUGCGUGGGCCCGGCUGUGGAGGAGGCGUGCAAGGACCCGCCCCCGGGGACGGUGAUCCUGCUCGAGAACCUGCGCUUCCACGUGGAGGAGGAAGGGAAGGGCGUCGACAAGGGCGGCAAGAAGGUUAAGGCGGACCCGACCAAGGUGAAGGAGUUCCGCGAGUCCCUCCGACGCCUGGCGGACGUGUACGUGAACGACGCGUUCGGCACGGCGCACCGGGCGCACAGCUCCAUGAUGGGCGACGGCUUCGACACCCGCGCGGCGGGCUUCCUGCUCAACAAGGAGCUCGAGUACUUCAACAAGGCCUUGAACUGCCCCGAGAGGCCCUUCCUGGCGAUCCUCGGCGGCGCCAAGGUCGCCGACAAGAUCCAGCUCAUAGAGAACAUGCUGGACCUCGUCGACGAGAUGAUCAUCGGCGGCGGCAUGGCGUUCACGUUCCUGAACGUGCUCGACUGCAUGAAGAUCGGCAGCUCGCUGUUCGACGAGAAGGGCGCGGGUAUCGUCAAGGCCCUGAAAGAGAAAGCUGACAAGAAAGGGGUUAAACUCCAUCUGCCCGUGGACUUCGUGAUCGGGGACAAGUUCGCGGAGGACGCGAAGGUCGAGACGAGCGACAUCGCCUGCGGCAUCCCGGACUGCUGGAUGGGAAUGGACAUCGGCCCGAAGAGCACGGAGGCCUUCUGCCAGGCCGUGGGGCGGGCCAAGCUGAUAGUGUGGAACGGCCCGAUGGGGGUGUUCGAGUGGGAGAGCUUCGAGAAGGGCACCAAAGGCCUGAUGGACGCCGUGGUGGAGGCCACUUGCAGGGGAACGACGACCAUCAUCGGCGGAGGGGACACCGCCACGUGCUGCGCCAAGUGGGGGACGGAAGACAAGGUCAGCCACGUCAGCACCGGUGGGGGCGCCAGCCUGGAACUGUUGGAAGGGAAGGAGCUGCCUGGUGUCGCUGCCCUGAGUGAUGCAAAGUAGGACUCGCCGUGUGUGUAGCGGCUGCAGCAUGUAAAGCCUACCUUUGAAUAAACUCCCUAGCAUUUAUGUGUAAACCUAUUGUAAAUUAUUAUUGCAGACCAGACUAUAUGUGAGAUAAUUUGAAAGAUUAAUUUAUUUUAUUGUUGAAUUAUAGCUUUUUUGUUGUUAUUUAAGUCAAUAGCUGGACAAUAAAAUAAAUUAUAGUUGGAUAUA